AUGAAUCAACAAGAAAUCAGGAAAAACACGGUAAAUGCUUGUAAUGAAUGUGUAAAAGCGAAAAGAAAAUGUGAGCCCGAGUCCAAUAUUCCGCAGACAUGCAAAAGAUGUGUUGAUAAGAAUUUGCCAUGUACCUAUUCCGAUAAAAAGAAACGUGGUCCAAAACCGAAUAGUGUUACAGAAAAAAAUACUAUUGUGUCUAUUAUCAAAUCCGAUCCACCUAAUGACUUUGAAAUAAUUGAAGUUGGUGAUAAAGCAUAUAUAAAUAUUGAAAUUACGCCAGAACAAUUGGAUCUUUUAAAAAAAUUGAAACAAGGAACAUCAGCAAAACCCUCUGACGUCCCCUCCGUCGUCAAUUCCAAUUACAUUACUAAGGAUGGCAA